AUGGAUGGGGACGAGGAAGAGAGCUCAGAUGGGGAGAUGGAACCGGAGUAUUCUGGUUUGGAGCAGCCUCCUCUCACACGCAUGUUAAAGAACAUCCUGUCUGAGUAUCCUGAUGAUGGUCAGAUACUUAAGGGUCCAGCUUUAUUCUUCCACAACAAUGCUGUAUUCUCUGAGGAUGACUGGAGGGGGAUAAAGAUGUUGUACAGUAGUGUGAAGGAGUUAGAUCCGUUAAAGGUCGGACGAUUCGGACUCGGCUUCAAAUCUGUUUUCCAUAUAACAGAUUACCCAAUGAUCGUGUCUGGUAAGAAGCUUCUUGUUAUAAAUCCUUACACGACCUACUCAGACGAGGUUUGCACGAGCUUCCACUUAGACAGUUUGGCCAAAUACAAAGGAAUGGACAUAAAAGCCUUCAAAGAUGCGUUCGAUGAUGUUUUUGGGUUUGGAGAGGAGACUUUGGCAAGUGGAGAGUACAAGGGUACUCUGUUUAGGUUUCCUCUGCGUCAAAUUGGCACAGAAUUGUCUGGAAAUUUAUAUAAUGAGGAGAAAAUUGAGAAUCUGUUUGAUUCCUUUACAACAGAAGCACCUUUUACCCUCCUUUUCCUGAAAAACCUGGAGGAAAUGACUUUAUACAGACGAAAGAAUGGUGUUGAGCCAAGAUACAGGGUAUUGAUCCAAGAUCUAGGAUCAGAAACUUCGCUAGAGAAGCGACGGGAAUUCCGCAAGUCACUGCAAAAGUAUACAACAAGUAGCAUGUCGAGUGAUUUGAUAUGCAGUCUCCAUGUGAAUAUAAGCGUGGAAUCGCAUGAUCAGAAUGGUUUGACAACACGUGAUGACAAGUCAUGGUUCAUUGUCAAUGCUGUGCUAGGACACGACAACAUGUCCCCACAAUUACGCUCACUUUCCCAGGAUAAAGACUUGUCAUACAGUCCCUACGUUGGGAUCGCAAUUCCAGAUAAGGACACUGAGGAUUUCAAAGGACACGUCUUCUGCUUUCUUCCUCUUCCAUUGGAGGAGCGAAGUCUGACAGGAUUCCCUGUUCAUGUGAACGGAUUCUUUGCUUUGAGCCAGAAUAGACGCCAUGUGAAGUGGCCAUCAGCUGAUUUGAAGCAAUCGGCCAUCACUGCUGACAAAUCUCUCCAGUGGAACCAGGCUCUAAUCAAGGAGGCCUUAUCCCAGGUCUACCUGAAUAUGGUACAGCAGCUGAUAACUAAAUGUGUAAAGGCAAACAACCCAGAUACCUUGGUUGAGAUGGUAUACCGAUCAAUCCCAUGUCUCGAUGAUGUGGAUGUGAAAUGGCGGAUUAUCUUGGACCCAUUAGUGAAAAGUCUUCUACAGACAAAUUUGCUCUACACCGAGAACAAUGGAGGCCAAUGGAUAGAGCACAGAAAUGCAGUGUUUGAAUGUCCACAUUCUGUGACUGAACGGAAAAGCGAAGCGGAGAACAAAGACCACAGGAAACGACACAGCGAAGAGAGAACAAGACCACAUGAAGAACGACCAACAGAGAAGAGAGAACAAAGACACAGGAACACGACACAGCGAAGAUCAGAACAAAGACCACAGGAAAACGACAUCAGCGAAGACCGAAAAAGACAUCAGGAAACGACACAGCGAAUAGAGAACAAAGACCAGCAGGAAGAAGAGACACAGCCGGAAGAAGAACAAAGACCACAGGAAACGACAAGCGAAUACCAGAAGCAAAGCCCACAGGAAACGACACAGCGAAGACAGAACCAAGACCACAGGAAACUACACAGCGAGAAGAACAAGACCACAGGAAAACACGACACAGCGAAGAGAGAACCAAGACCACAGGGAAACGACACAGCGAAGAAAGAACACAAGAACCACAGGAAACGACAACAGCUGAAACAGAACCAAAGACAACAGGAUGAAAGACACAUCUAA